AUGAGUUACAGGCCUUUUCAUGGCCAGGGGCAGGGCGGGCAGGGCUCGCAACAGCCGGUGCCAGUACCCGGGAUGAAUCCGCCUUCAUCAUAUUUGCCAAACGGCUAUCAACAAUUUACAAGCCCUCAACAGCAACAACAACAGCAACAGCAGCAAUACUACUCAAUGUCUCAGCAACAAGGACAGCAGCAGCAGCAACAGGCGUACCUUCAGCAGCAACAGAUGGCGCAGUAUGGGGGCAUACAGACGGCUUACCAGGGAUAUGAUACAACGGGGCAAGCAUAUGGGAAUCAUCACCUGCAGCAAGCUGCAGCGCAAUACGUGCCCCCAUCGAAUGUAUGGCAACAUCAACAGUCACCGGGCGGGCAGAAUAUGAUGUAUCAACAGCAGUUCCAGCAACAGCAGCAGCCGCAGAUGUAUCAACGGCACGUCGCGUCACCACAGCAGCAGGUCCAACAAAGACGGCCUAGCCAACAUAUGCCUUCUCCGCAGCAAAUAACACCAUCCAUAUCCCAGAACCAAGGCUACAGGCUUCCGCAGACCCAGGCACAAGCACAGCAGCAAAUCCAGCACCCUCAGUAUUCACAACCUCCGCCCCAGCAACAAUAUCAACAACGCCCUCAGGUCCAACAGCAGCCACAAACGACGGUCCUUCAACCUUCGCCCCAGCCCGUUCAAAAGCAAAUUCCCUCGCCAGCUCCACCACAGGUGCUACGAGAAACGCAACAUAAUCAACAGCCCCGCCAAGACUUUCAUCAACAGCCACAACAAACAGUUCAGCACACUGCGCAGAAGCCGAUCGAAGAAUUUGUUGCUGAGAUUAAAGCUGAAACUAAUACUGAGCCGGCGCAAUAUGAGCCUAUCCAAGCUGAGCCGGAGCAGAUGCAUUUUGUGAACUUGCAGGACAUCCAGAAACUACCCUCACUUCCUCCAGUUGUCAUGGGGCAGAAACAAAGCACUGUUGCGCCUCCCUCGCAACCUGAACAGACCAGGAACUGGCCUUCCCAGAAUGAUGCCAACACCAUCAAUCCAUCCGAUAUUAUGCUGAGCAGCCCCCAAGCUCAACCUCAUCCACCACCACAUCCUCAACCACAACCCCGACGGCAAUCUACACCUCAACAGUACCCACAACAGCAACAGCCAGCGCAAGUGCAACCGCAAAUGACAACUCCUAGGAUAAAGCCGAGCCCGCUUUCUUCUGUCGCUAACUCUCCUGCGAUCAGCGCUCGCUCUCCGAGUAUCACCAAAAAGUCACCGGCUACUACCCCUAAAGCUCGGCCUGUAGACACCGUGCAUGUCAUGGUCGCAGUAGCGGAAGAGUGCUUCGAUAAAGCUCGUAGUUCUGUCCACGAUGUUGCCAUGUCCAUGAACACUACACGCAUAGACGAGUAUCAAAAAUUGAUCUCGACAGGCCUAGCAUGUUUAGAGGCGUGUCUGCAAAGUAACCGGCUGUCUCCCCGUCAAGAAGCCAAGAUGCGCUUGAGAUAUGCUACUAUUCUACUAGAAGAGACAGAAAAUUCCAUGGAAGCUGAGACUGCCAUUACGAAAGGCAUUUCACUUUGCGAAAAAAAUGGUUUGGACGACCUCAAAUACUGCAUGCACUAUAUCAGGUUGAAGCUUUUGUUUCAGCGGAACCACAAAGCCGCUUUGAAUGCAGCUGAUAGACAGAUUGCUGACUGUGAAACCUAUAAGCAUCCUGAUUGGGUAUAUGCGUUCAGGCUACUCAAGGCCAAUUUCUAUAUGGAGCUUGGCCGGACAGCUGAUACCAGUGCUCUUGAGAACAUUCGCUCCGUCCAAGUCACUGCAAGCAACCGCGGCGACAACGCUGUGAGCGUAUUUGCCUCCAUUCUCGAAGGCCUCACUCUCCUGAAGGCUUCCAAAGAUGGCAACCUCGAAAAGGUUCAGGCUUGCAUUGCGCAGGUGGCCAAAUUUCAGUUCGACGAAUCAGUUCAUGUUAUGCAGCUUGAUGUACUUACUCUACUCCUGGACCUGGUUUCGAGUAUCAAUCACUCUAGUCUGGAGUUGACGUUGCAAAAACUCAAGAUGUUACAAGACCGUAUGGAUGGGUGUGAGAAUUGGCACACUGUCAAGUCCGAUUUCCUGAUCCCCGUCAAGAAGCAACCUUCUACAGGACAUACAAUUAGCAGCGACACAGCCGGUAUUAUUCGAAGCGGAGGGGACGCACCAGUGAACUAUUUGGUUAUGUCAUUCAUGACCAAGAUGGAACUAACCUCGCUCAUCUUCACUUUUACGGGCUUGGUAAAUAUGCACAAAUCAAGUGCGCAUGGUCGCCGGACAGCGGAAUUUUGGCAAGAAGGUGUCAGAGUUCUCGAUACUUGGGAUAACACAACUGCUGGGAUCCCGUAUGGACCAUCGACCUCAUUGCAGGACGCCAUUUCGCAACGCGAAUGGCGAUUAGAGGCUCAGUGCUAUCUUACCGCUCUUCUCGGUCUUUACGCAGCCAGUCACUGUCAAUGGGAAUCGGUGAAGCAAUCUAUGCAGAAACUUGAGAGUCUUUUAAUGCCAUCUACACAGGGUAUCUUGCGAUUACUCGCUCUCUAUCUAUCCGGUGUCUAUCAGCAGGCUAUAGGAGACUUCCGGUCGGCUAUGGAGCUUUUCCAAAGACCCCAAUUCGACCUCGACCAGCGUGGAACUGGCGUUAAGGCUGCACAUCGCGAAUUGGCUAUGCUAGCUGGUCUCAACAGACUUUGGAUCAUGCAGCAUUCUUCAGAGAGAAACGACUCGGAAACACUCGAUUUGAUAGAUCGACUACACCCGCUGUGCGCCAACCAUCACAACGUCGAUUUGCGGACAGCUUGGCACAAUGUCAUGGCCGCUGUCGUCACGGAGCCUCCUCAACAGCUCAACCACCAGAAACAGCAUAUACAGGCUGCCAUGGCCGGCUCCAAAUCCACUAACAAUGUUUUGGGGGCCGCUGUCACGCUCGCUAUCAUGCGCAGUCGACUGUUUGAGAACGUUAUCGGCGAGCAAGCGCUUAAAUCUGCCAUGGCAGCAGCGAAGCAGGCACAACGCAGUGGAAACGUUCUGUGGCAGAGUGUCGCAGACGGCAUGCUGGCUCAAUCGUACGAGGUACAAGGCCAUCACCAGCAAGCAGCGCAUGAAUUGGCUAAGGCCACAAGGGAAGCGCAGGAGGCAUUCCCUGGACCCUGA